CACAUGUCCUUUCUGAAUUUCGCUUAUUAGUUAAAGAAAUUCUCUCAUCGAUUUAUCCUUUCAUUUCUGAAGUUAUUUUCUCUGUUGAUUGGGAAUUUUAGGUUUGAAACCACACAGUGUGUCUAUGUAGUUCUAUCACACAUGCCAGGGAAAAAUAUUUCCAAAAUGGAAAGAAACGGAGAAUAGAAUGCGAACUCCUUUCUUUUGUGUAUUUUGUUUAACAUAAGCGUCUAAAAUUGUAAUUACUUUGUCUCGUUGAAAUUUGGCGUUUGAUAGUGAUUGAAGAGGCGUGCUUAAAUUUUAACUUUAGUGCUGUAAUAUUCCGAAAUCAAGAAUCAGUGUUUAUAUAGUAGUCUUUGCUGCUACAAUUACCAUUAUUUUUUUUGUUGUUAUUGUUGGUUGUUUUUGUUUUUCUCUGAUCUUUUCUCUCCUGAAGAAAGAGGUUCUGUAUUAGAAUUGGAGAGUCCCACUAUGAAAGAAUUAGAACUUGAUUCGUGGUGUUAACAAUGGGGAUGACAGGCUUGUCUCCUCAUUAUCGUUUUGCUGAUGACUUCAAAUUACUUUGUUGUUCGCAUGCUAUGAAUCGAGUUCGCUUGUCCUUCUGGUUUGUGAUUUAAUUUUUGGGGAAUUUUACUGUUAAGCGAUGGGCACCUCAAGUGAAGAAGAGAAUGCUCAGUAUGCUGCAUUCUUGGAGAAGGUCGAGAAGACAAUUUACGUGGACAAUUUGUCGCCCCAAGUUACUGAAGCUGUCAUGAAAGCUGCUUUCAAUCAGUUUGGUAAUGUGGUUAGUGUUCAAUUUAUCCCCAAUUAUCUUGAGCCCAAAAACAUGCCGCAAGCUGCUUUGGUGGAAAUGGAAAACCCCAAGCAGGCCCAAGAGAUUAUAAUGGAGAUGGGACAGUACCCUUUCAUGAUACUGGGAAUGCCACGGCCUGCCAGGGCUCGUGCUGCUAAAUUGGAGAUGUUUGAUGAACGCCCUAGAAAACCGGGACGGAGAACAGUAUGUCGAUGGGUGGACUCCAAAGAUCCUGACUUUGAUGUGGCCAAGAAAAUCGAGCAUCUUGUGAGAAAGCAUGCUGCAGAGACAUCGAUAGUGCUUGAGCAACAACUGGCGGAAGAAGAGAAGCUUGCAAACCAACAAAGUGAAAUGUUAAAAGCUCAUUACAGAAAGUAUGAGUUGCUGGAUAGCGUCCUUGAUGAUGGAACAGCUAAACGCUUGGCGCGUCACUACAACAUGCCUAUUUCGGACGUUUGAUUGAUCAUUAGUGUAGAUAGCCUAUUCAGGAGGUCGAAAAGCUGUACAUCAACCCCCCACCCCACCCCAGGAAAGUGUUUUUGCCUCGCCUGUAUUUGUGAAUUCUUAGCAUGUAAAGUAACUCACGGCCACAUUUUGUAUCAUUACCUAUUUGCCGUGGUUCCUUAAUUGGCUGUUGCAGCUGGAAUCACUAGCACUCGCUGGUCAGCCAUCAUCAUGGCCACAGGAAACUUGAAGCUACAAAUUCCUGAAUUAGUCAUGCUGAUGAAGGCCUCUCUUCGGAUUUUUGAAUUGCAAUUGACAGGCGAGAACUUAGUAUA